AUGUUCAGCCAGGGCGGUGCCAGUUCCUUGGGUCAGCAGGGACAGGGCAAUAAACGACAACGCACAGCAGCCAUGUAUCACCGUAAACGUGCCGUGACAGCCUGCCAAUCUUGCCGAUUGAGAAAGACUAAAUGUGACAAUGUCCGGCCAGUCUGUGGGUUCUGCUCCAGGAGCGGUGCUCAGUGCGUCUAUCCUGGCUCUGGCCCCGAUAGUGAUUACUCAAGCUAUGAUCCUGCUAGUUUGACUAUCCUGGAUCGACUCAACCAUGUUGUGUCUCUUCUUGAGUCUCGACCUCUAGCAGUACUUGUAAAUGAUUCAGAGUCAUACGGCUCACCGCAAGGAGCAUCUAAUUUAUCAGCAGGGCAUGCUAGUAUCACUCAGCCAUUGCGUGUUGCUCCAAUCCACGCAUCGAGAGACUUGACGACUCUUGUCCCUGAAUAUGACGUACUGCAGGUCCUUGACCGCCCUGACUUUCCUUCAGCAUCAAACAAUUGUGAGAGUAUUAUGAGGUGGCCGAUAUUUCAAGGCCUCGUGCCUGAUACCCACUCUUUCGUCCUGGAGCUAAACGAAGAUGUUGAAGCGAGGUCCAGCGAUACCCGGGGCGGCUCAGGUGGAAGAGGAGUCCAGGAGGAGGAUUUGGUUCCUCUUUCAAAACGGUUCCUUGCUUACGUGCAUGUGAAGAAUCCGAUUUUGGAUGUUAAGGAUUAUAAGAAGAAGGUCAGAGAAGCAGCCGAAAAUGGACCAAGAUGGGAUGGCGGGUCUUGCCUUGUAUUAAUAUCUUGCGCCAUAGCAUGUUUGUCGGUGCCAUUUCAUACGGAGGCAGAUGCUGAUGGCUCUCCUGCCUCUACUCGCUCAUCGACAACCCCGGUCGUGGACCCGGAUACCGCUGCAUCAUACUACCUGGCAGCAAAGAAAAGGCUCGGACUACUCCAGCCAUCACUCCUAUAUAUACAGUGCUUGUUCCUCUGUGGUAUAUAUGAGAUGUACUGCCUUCACCCACUGCAAGCAUGGUUUCACUUUAAUCGAGCAUGCAUCGAUUUGCGAAACAUUCUGUGGACUCGCAGUCAGAAGAAGUCGAGCCAGGCAACCACGCAGGAAAAUCGCCGACUUGAACAAAGACUGUAUUGGUCUUGCGUCAAAACAGAAUAUGAAUUGCGGUAUGAGAUACCGUUACCGCCAAGUGGUAUCGCGCAGUGCGACUAUCCAGACAUGUUCCCUUCUCCACCAACAGAACUGACUUCCCCAUCGGCCUAUGAUCGAGGUGACACAUUGGACGAUGACAUUGUGCCAGAAGAAGAGAAGAGCUGGUUCUACUACUUGGCAGAAAUCUCUUAUAGAAGGAUGAUGAACCGAGCCAUGUCUGUAAUGGCUCGGAGCGGAGAGCAAGGUUGGACUGAUAACAUUUGUGAAUCUAUGGAGCAUUGCAAGGAGUUUAACGAGCAAAUAGAUCUUUGGUAUUCGCAUAUUCCUCCUCAAAUCGACCCCAAAAACGCAGUUCAUGCCAACAACGAGCUGGCACAGUUCUUGAAAAACCGAUGGGAAGUCGUUGAAACCGUCGAAGGCAGAUUUGUCUUCAUGGGCGAGUCCGAAGAUGCAUCAAGAGCACUCGAACACACUCUGGACGCAUAUCACGCCCGGCUUUGUUCAGACUCUCACGAAAAGAUAUAUGGAUUACUGGCUAUUCUUCCACCGAGGUUUGCGAGUGAGAUCAAGCCGGAUUAUGAACAGCCUGUCGACGAGCUAUACAAGUCCUGCUUUCUGGCUAGUACCAAGGCUCUUAACCGCUGGGAGCUGCGUGGUCGUCCUCGAAAUCCCGAUGAGGAAACCUGCCCUUCUUGGAUUCCCGAUCUUUCUGAAGCAGAUCCAUACGGCCAGAGAGUAUCACACCACUAUGCCUCUGGAUGUUCUGCUAUACACUAUGAGUACCAAGCGCCCAAUCUGCUAAAGGUAGUUGGCAUACGAUUCGACGCUGUGAAGUCUGUUUCUGAAAAUACCUUUGAUCAUUGGGACGAUGGGGAUGUGAUUUGCGUCGUUCUAGGAUGUGACUUUCCAGUACUCCUCCGUCCAUUUGAGGAUAACACCUGGAAGUUUUUGAGUGACUGCUAUGUAUGGGAUCUAGAAGCUACACAAGGCUUGCUAGGUCCUCUUCCGUCCCAGUGGCUGGAGCCUCUUGCAGGAUGGCAGCGUGUUUCAGUGGAGGAGGUAGGGCGAGAUCUUACAGGCGAUGACCCAGAGGUGUAUGACUUCUUCCGGAACAUGGAUGAUGGCAGAGUCGUGGAUUCUGAUCCAAGAUUAGAACCAGAAGCUCUCAAGAGCUGA